AUGGUUUUCACGCCCGACUCAUGGCUACCUCCUCUGCCGGAGAUCCCAGAUGUGUCGCUGCCAGCCUUUAUGUUCGACGAGCAGUAUGGACGGGCACCAUUCAGCACAUCGCUCGAUCCUUACGUCUGCAGCGUCUCGGGUAAAACCAUCACGCCAGUUGAACAGAAGGAGCGUAUCGAGACCCUGGCUCGUUCUCUUUCCUCGGAGUUGCGUUGGGCCGUGAACGAGGGAAGCGAAAUGGACAAGGUGGUCGGGAUAUUUGCGCUCAACACAAUAGACAUUCCGACCCUCCAUUGGGCAGUACAUCGCCUGAAUGGCAUCAUUGCCGCCGUCAAUGCCACCUACACGGUCUAUGAAUUGGCUCCGUUGCUCAAAGAAGCCAAAGCCAAGGCUCUAUUCACGGUAUUGGACCUGGUGGAGACAGCCAAGCUGGCUGCAGAGAUGUGUGGAAUUCCUUCGAACAACAUCUACAUUUUGGACAUGCCUGGCGAUGAGGUCUCGGGUGAAAGUCUGGGAUACACCACGAUGAGUCGACUGUUGCGGCGAGGUCAGGACAUUCCUGAGCUUGAAGCGGCGAGGUGGAGUCCCGGACAGUCGGCAAAGCAAGUUGCAUAUCUAAGCCACUCCAGUGGCACGAGUGGUCCUCCGAAGCUGGCUGCGGUUUCGCAUCGCAACAUCAUUGCCAACAUUAUGCAAGUAAACCUGUUUGAACUCCGGGGCCGUGGAGGACCGGAUGCCCGACAGGUGGCGCUGGGAUUGCUUCCGUCGUCACACGUGUACGGGUUGGUUAUCAUCUCGCACCUCAGCACCUACCGGGGAGACUCGGUGAUUAUCCUGCCCAAGUUCCAGAUGGAGCGAAUGCUCGAGUCUGUAGAGAAGUACCACAUCAACAUCUUCUCCGUGGUGCCCCCCAUCAUCGUGGCCCUGGGGAAGAGUCCUCAUUCGUUGAGAAGACACGAUUUGAGCAGCAUCCAAACUGUGCUCAGCGGAGGCGCGCCCCUCGACACGGAGACGCUCAAUCGGCUCAACGAGCACUACCCGCACUGGGUCUUCCGGCAAGGCUACGGUCUGACCGAAGCCGGCGCGGCCAUCUCUCUCACCAGCACCCACGAGCCGUGGGCGGGAAGUGCAGGGAACCUCGUGCCAGGGGUCAAGGUGAAGCUCUUGGCCGAGGAUGGCGCCGAGGUGACACAAUAUGACCGGCCGGGAGAGGUGUACGCCCAAGGGCCUGGCGUUAUCCUUGGGUAUUGGGGGAAUCCAACGGCCACCAAAGAAAGCUUUUUGGAGUGCGAAGAUGGUCGGUGGCUGCGAACCGGUGACAUUGCCGUGUUUCGGCAGGCGCCCAGCGGGACUGAACACAUUUUCAUCGUGGAUCGAGUGAAGGAAGUUAUCAAAGUCAAGGGCUUACAGGUUGUGCCGGCCGAGUUAGAGGCUUGUUUACUUACACACCCGGAGGUGGCAGAUUGUGCAGUCAUUGGAAUCCCGGACGAACGGGUGGGCGAGAUUCCCAAAGCCUAUAUACAGAGAUCGACAACGAUCGGAGCGGAGCUCAGUGCAGAGUCUCUGGCCCAUGAGCUGACACAGCUUGUCCAGACCCAGAAAGCCCGACAUAAAUGGCUCGCCGGUGGCAUCCAGUUUGUCAACAUGAUCCCCAGGAGCCCAUCUGGAAAGACUCUCCGGCGCCUCAUCAGAGACCUAGAGACACAAACCAAGAAAGCCAUGGCAUCGAAGCUGUAA